AUGGAUGAUACUCAGGAGGAUGCUAGGUACCUGCCAAAUCGUUAUGGCAUAACUAAUCCGGAGUUUCCUGUUCACAAUGGCACUUAUGCUUGGAAUGUUGGCAAUGAGUAUGUUGAGGACGAUGAUAAUGAUGUUAAUGACGAAGAUAUGGAAUAUGAAGAUGAUGAUGAGGAUGAUGGUGGAGGUAGUAGUGUUCAGAGGAUAGGUAACGAUGAUUAUGUUGAUGAUGAUGGUGAUGAGGACGAGGACGAGGACGAGGAUGAGGAUGAUUAUGGUAAUUUACAGAGGCACCCGAAAAAGAGAAAAUUGAAAAGCUUGUUAUCAAGUUACGAGUUUGCACCUCGAGUACCACCACCAUCAUCUGCAACUCAUGCAGUGCCUAAGCCAUCAUAUGGUGGAUGGAAUCCGCAUACAGAUUGGACUGAGAGCGAGACCGUUGUCUUACUGGAUGCUUGGGGUGAUAGGUUUCUCAAACAUGGGAGGAAGAGCCUUCGGUCUGAAGAGUGGCAAGAAGUUUCUAAGAAGAUGAAGUUGGGAGAAUCUGAGGGUUCCACUAGUAAAUGGGUGUAUUUCAAGAAGAUGGAUAUGUUGCUGUCAUCAGGCCCACAACAAGCAGGCCUAUCGUGUGGAGUGGACUCAGGGGAGUAUACAUUCAUAAACCCUAAAGUUUAUCUGAAUAGCUCAAAUGGAAUGGAUGAGAUGAGAGAUAGUCCGGGGAAUUCAGAAUCCACCAAAGGCGAGGAAGGUGAAUCGGAAGGUCUUCCUCCUAAGAAAACAAGGAAUGAAAUGGGUAAUGGAGCUUCUCUUAAACUGCUUGCUGAUUCCAUCCAGAAAUUUAGUGACAUAUAUGAGAAGAUCGAGAAUAGUAAGAGACAACAAAUGCUAGAACUGGAAAAAAUGAGGAUGGACUUCCAUAGAGAUUUGGAAUUGCAGAAAAGGCAGAUUCUAGAGAGAGCUCAAGCUGAGAUUGUGAAGAUACGACAAGGUAAUGAAGAUAAUGAUGUGUCAGCUUAG